GUUGCGGUUCGCACCUGGGACGCGGACUGGGAUCGCGGGCGGAAGCUUGCGAUUCGCAGCUCCGCCGCGGUAGAAAGAGACAUGAACAAAGAAGUUGCCGAUCAGCCUGAAGGAGAAGUGGCCUUGUGGAGGGCUACUAUGGCAGACCUCUACGGCGAUGACAGGGCCGAAGGUCUCAAUGAUGAGGAGGAGGACCCGGAGGAGGAGUCCGGCUUCGGGAAGCCCGUCGCGAGCCCUGGCGCCGCAGAAGUAGAAGAGUUGUUGAAGCAGCUCAAGGCGUUGCACCGGCCACAAGAUGAAGAUAUGUCCGAGUACUUGACGCGGAUCACUCGUCUUGUUUUGGCUUUAAAGACGUUAGGCCACGAAGUGUCGAUCACUGACCUGGCCAGGGUCAGCUUGAAGGCAGAGCUGGUCCAGGAGGCCUAUGAGAGAGUUGGUGAUCGUUGGGAUUUCCGUGGAAUGGUGCGGUACUUGAGAGAGAAGUUCACCACUGCAGCCGUCGGCACGGAAAUGCCAGCUGAGAACAUCACGGACCACGUGUCGGCUAUUGGUGAGCUGAUCAUGCAGCUGGGUGGAAAAGAGAGCACUCAGAGCGGUAAGCUGUUCAGCACCCCCUCGCAGGACGAAGACCGGCCUGCGGGAGGGACGCCUCCGCGGCCGAUCUCCUUAGGAGAUAUGAGCCGGGAGCGAAUGGGUCCAAAGGAUCUUGGAGGUGAUUCUCCGUUGCGGGCAAAAGUGGCCGCGCUGGAGAUGGAAUUGGAGGCGCUUCGUCACGGAUCGGAAGCAUCCGACGGGCACAAGGACCUCGCUGCGGCCUUGGAAGCUCAGACGAGGGCCCUUAAGGCUGCCUUAACUGGUAAGUCACAACAGACCAGCUUGACAUCGGUGAAGACUGAUGUCAAUUGGCCAACGCUGACUGAUGAUCGGUCAGAAGCCAGAGAUGUAGUGCAGUUCUACGAGGAGUUCGAAGACUGCUGCUCGCUGGCAAACAACUGUAAGGGCAUGAGCUACAGAGAACAGCUCAUAGCUCUACGUGGCAGGUGCAAAGGAAGUAGGCUGAAGACCUACACCAACAUCUACCGCUCAGCGUGGAAGAGUGGAGAAAUUCUGGAAAACCCAGAAAAGGUCUAUAACCGGAUCAAGGAAAAGCACCUGGUGUUUGCCGAGAGCAAGGAAGAGAAGGAGGUCCGAAUCGACAAUGAGCACGCCUUGCUGAACAAAGGGCGGAUGAGCGCUCACCAGUUCGAACCGCUUUUCGAAGCUAGCGUGUCGGAGCUGGAGUCGAUUGGCUUGGGGAAGACCCCACGUGAGCUCUACUUGUCCUACCUGCGGAAGAUGCCGAUGCAUCUGCAGAAAGAGAUCAGAGGAGAUAAGAGGCUCUGGAAGGGCGAAACGCUGCUUAGGAGCCCUCAGACGUGGGAAGAGGCACAUAGGGUUGUUCUGGAGUUUGAACAACGAGAAGCAACCCACAGAGCAACUGCCAACGCCGUCUACUCGUAUGGAGAUGAAGUGGGCGGUGGUAAGGGGGAGAAGCCGGACCAGACCUUCGCGGCUAAGGGGCAAAAGGGGAAGCAGAAGGGAAAGGAAAAGGGCGCCGGGAAGGGCAAGGGUCAAGGGAAGGGACCGAAACCUCAAG